AUGUCCAGAAGAGCACUGCAACUGCAGGCCGACGAGCCGUGGAACUCCCAACCCCCAUAUCGCAUCGCCAGCAUCGCCAACGACGCAGACCCCAUCGUCGAGCCCGCCAACCCGGCCCGUUCCAAUCGAGGCAGGGCUCGCGCAGGCACUCUUCCCUCCAGCUGGGGCGAUGCAGUCCCACCACCUCAUCCCCACCAACCUCCGUUCUCCAACCCUGUCUUUCAGCCUCCCCAUCCCCCCUCCAGCAACCCUGCCGUCGUGGACCAGCCAACAUUGGCUCACAUCGACGCAACAAGAUUCGACUCGGCUCUCCCAACCCUCGCUGCGGCCAACGAUGCUCUGCCUGCCGCUUCCACCCGACUCGCUCCUCCACAGACAUCGCAGCGCCUUCGCUCCGGAUCGCUCACGCUACCAACACCCAACUUGGCAAAUGCCUUCGGUCCCUCCUUCUUCUCCUCCCAGUGGCAACCCACCCGCUCCGGUCUCAGCCACAUGACAUCAGCAACCACCGACGAAGAACCCUACUCUCCCUUCCACCCUUCCCAAGAUAACACCCCUCAGCUCUCCUUCGACCAUGCCGACAUGCUCGACUACCUCGGCCUCGAUGGCCGCGCACCUCCAUCUCACACGGGACCCCUCGAUUCAGACUCGUUCGAUCACCGUACAGACCACCUCUCUACAGAUCUCGGCCGCCAUCUCGCCGAUCAAGACGCCUUCUUCUCCUCGGCACAGCUGCGCAAUCGCUCCUCCACGCUCGGCGUCCACCAACUACGCCCCAGCCUCAAUCAGGGCCAGGCCGGUCGCGCACGCAGCAGCAGCUAUCUCCCCUCGUUUGCAUUCAGCGCCGCCACCAACACCGCCGACACAAAUCCUCAACCAGCACAAAUCCAUACCCAGGGCCUCACCCGAGCCACCACCCUCUCCGGAUCGCAGACACCCUAUGCCCAGCAACCACCACACUCGUCGCUCCUCAACACCGCCCUCCACAACCGUCUCCACCAGUACAGCGCCGCAGCUUCUUCCGCCGCGCCUCUCUCCGGUCGUGCUCCCAUCAACGCCUCCAGGCCUCGUGCCACCAGCAUGGGCGUCUUGGAUCAGCCCCAAUCUCGCCCACCUCCGCACGCUUCCUACCGGCCUACGCCCUCCGCCGCCGCUGCUGCACCGGGCGCAUCCCUUCUCACGCCCCCCGGCUCCGCUGGCUCAUCAGGCCUUGGCGUGCCUUCUGCCGCCAUUGGCGCCUAUUCAGACGAGCUUUCUGGCUUGCUCGCAAAUGGUCGAAAUCGCGCCGGCACCAUCGCAGCAUUCUCCGGUCCCGGCGGCCGCGCCAGAGCCGAGCAAGAACUCCUACGCAUGACCCAGCUCCAGUACGAGGCAGCCCUCACCAGGGAAUUCCAAGCCCAGACACGGCCCAGCUCGUCGGGCAUGCUCGAUUCCAUGCCCACGCUCGACAUGUAUGCCUCGGCGCGAUCCCCGCAGCCAAAGUCCGCACAACGCUCCGGCUCCAAUUCGCCCUUCCUUCAGCCUACGCGCUCCCUCUGGAUCGGCCAUCUGCGCCCCACCGUCACGAGCCAAGAGCUCGUCCAGGCAUUCUCGCCCUACGGCGCCAUCGAAACAUUCCGCCUGGUGCCCGAAAAGGGUUGCGCAUUCGUCAACUAUGUCGACCUUGCAGACGCCGUGCGCGCAAGGGAAGACGUCGUGGCGCGCCUCGGAGGUCGUCUGGGGCUCGGCACGCUUGGGCCCGAGGCUCAGGUGCGCGUCGGCUUUGGCAAGCCCGAGGCGGUGCCCCAGCCCGGCUUGGGCGGAUUCACGCCCAUGCUCGACUCGUACGCAUCGUCGCUCGACGCAGCAGCCGCAGAGCUCGGCGGCGUGGAAGCGGCCAGCCACGAACCGUCGCGCGCUCUGUGGAUCGGUUCCAUCCCGCCAACCACCUCGAGCGACGUGCUCGUCUCGGUGUUUGCGCCGUUUGGCUCCAUCGAAAGCGUGCGCGUCUUGUCGAGCAAGAGCUGCGCAUUCAUCAACUUUGAGCGCACCGAAGACGCCAUGACCGCGCGAAAGCUGCUCAACGGUCGCGACGUGCUCGGGCCCGAGGUGGGCGCCGUCAAGAUCGGCUUUGCCAAGGUUCCAUCCAAGCCAUCCGAGGGCUACUUUGCCGCACUCGAUCCCGGCUCGGCCGAGUUCCAAGCCGCGAUGGAAAUGCUGGCGUCGAUGUCAGCCACUGGCCCACCGCCGCCACAGGACGCACAGAUGGCCAUGGGUCAGGCAGACUACCGCGCCAAUGCCAGCUACGACCCUGCAGCGCGUCAGCACUUGCAGCCCGUGAUGGCGGGCUCGCACGGGCUGUCUCGCAACCAGAGUACAGAGUCGUCGCGCGGUGGCGCCGCAGGUACGCCCGGCCGCGUGGCGGGCUUUCCGACGCACAGCUCGUCGAACAGCAUCGUGCCGAGCAGCGACAAGGGCGGCGUGCCCUUGCCCGCCGAGAUGAAGCCACGCGACACGAUCAAUGACCUGCAGCAGAUGAUGAGGCAGCUCGAUGCGGCGGACCCGAACGUGGAGUCGGAUGUGGCUCGGGUGGCGCGGCCGCGAUCGGCAGUGACGUACUACACGCGCAUUCCGCCCGUGCAGGAGCUUCCGCUGGGGAAGCGGUUCGACAACAACCGGCUCAAGGAGGUGCGCAAGCGGCUCGAGACGCCGCACUGCCAGCCCGGAGAUGCGGACGCGAUUGCGCGCGACUAUCUGUCGUGUGUGGUGGAUCUGGCGAGCGACUUUAUCGGAAACACGCUGGUGCAGAAGCUGUUUGAGCGGUGCAGCGAGCCGAUGAAGAAGGCCAUGCUCGAGCUGAUUGCGCCGCACCUGGCGACGAUCGGCGUGCAUAAGAACGGCACGUGGGCGGCGCAGAAGAUCAUCGACUGCACGCACGCCGAUGACCAGCGAGCGAUGAUUGCGCACCACAUCCGCCCCUACGUCCCGCCACUGCUGCUGGACCAGUUUGGAAACUACGUCGUGCAGAGGUUGAUUCCGUUCGGAACGCCGCAUUCGGACUUUAUCUUCGAGGCCAUGGUGGAUCGAUGCUGGGAGGUGGCGCAGGGACGGUUUGGAUCGCGCAGCAUGCGUGCGUGUCUCGAAUCGCCACACGUGCCGAGGUACCACAUGAAGCACGUGGCACUCGCCAUUGUGCUCAACUCGGUCCCGCUCGCCACAUCGCAAAACGGCGCCUUGCUGGUGACGUGGUUGUUGGACUCCACCCUUCCGGGGCGGUUCAGCCUAUUGGCGCCGAGGUUUGGACCGCAUUUGGUCAACCUGUGCACACACAAGCUUGCUUCGCAGACGGUGCUGCGGCUUCUGAGCCAGAAGGAGGACAUCGAAGCGGGGCGGCAGGUGUUGUAUCGACUGUUCGAUUCGAAUCGGCUCGAGGAGAUUCUAGUCGACCAGGUGCAUGGCUCGCAGUUCGUCACCAAGCUCGUUACGGAGAUUCUGGAUGCGGGCGAGAAGCAACGAUGUGCAGAGGAGGUCAAGGCACUGCUGGUGCGGCAUGGAUUGGUGGGGUUGCCACCGUACCGACCGUUGUCGAUCGAGCUCGGACUCGUGCAGGCCGUGCCGGUGGAGAGACAGCUGGCGGCGAUGAGCAUCGGUGCAGGCAUGGAGGCGUUCGACCCCUGGGCGGGCGAAGAAGCAACACCGGCGCACAAGGCGGUGGAACAGGGAUUCUACGGCUCCAAUGCGCCGUUCUACUAG